AUGUGGAGAAGAGCAAGCAUGGGAGCUGUUGUGCUGAUCGUGUUGGCGUCUGUCUUCGCUUGUUGCCAAGGAAGCAACGUGGAGUCACGUCCUACGGAGGCGGAGGUUGAGUCGAUGGUAUCGCGUGCCACCAUGUGGCUCUGGUACCAAAGAGAUCAAGACGCUGGGUGGUUCAACAACACCCACUGGGUCCUUCUGGCUCUCAGGUUAGCAAACUUGUCUCGUACUGACAAUAAUCCCUUAUCUGUGUCUGUCGAGCUACAACUCAGUAACAAGCAGUUGGAAUUGGAGAUUGUCAUCUUGCUCUGGAGGCAUAGAGAAGUAGGAUUUUCAGAAACAAGUCUAGCUCGUUAUACUCUUGCUUUGAAUGCUCUGUGUAUGGAUCCUCGACAAUUCCACGGUCAUGAUUUAAUAGGGACGCUUCAACAUCACGCACCGCCUGUAGAUUAUGAUUUUGCAUUGACUACUUUAGCUGCCUGCAGUGCUCAAGCUCAUAUUAGGAAACGACAGAUUGGAAGACUUUUAGAUAUUACCAAUGCUGUUCAGUAUCAUAAUAUUGAUACAAUCGCAAUGGUAGUUCUGGCGUUAAGAUGUAUUAUCCAGGACCACAGACACCGGAAUCUUGGUCACUUUGUGCGGAAGCCAGCGAUGAGUUUAACAAAACGUCAGAGACUGGACGGAAGCUUUGGUGAUUUACGGACGACCGCUCUGGCAAUGCAGGCGCUCAAACAAGUGGAAAACGAACCCGCAGACAAUUGGAACAGAUCAGCAGCAUUGUCAUGGCUGAUGUCACGUCAGCAGCCUGACGGUUCUUUUGAUCAAGAUGUUUAUUUAACUGCCCAAGUCAUUCUUGGAAUUAUUCCCAAGAGUCUUAUUAAUAUUAGAAGCUUAAACUGCCUGCUAAGCAACAAUACACUUCCUGGUCUAGUUCCUAACAAUAACUUCAACGACAAUUUCAUAUCAUCAAGCACAGCCGUAAAUGCCGAGACAAAUACGAGCGCUUAUGAAUCGACCGGGUCAAAAGUAUCCACCCAGACAACUCCUCAUCAGCUGGUUAAUAUUUCGUACACCCUGUGGGUCGGAACUAAUGAAACUUAUCAUUUGACAGUAACAGCUCCUAAAAACGAAACAUUUUACGGAGUUAUGUUACUUGCUGCCGAGAUGUCUCCUCAUUUUCAAUUUUCAGCGUCUGAGUGGCCUAACGGCCAUUAUGUUCAUACUCUUGCGGGCUAUAAAGAGGAACCCAUGUCAUAUCAUUAUUGGCUACUUUACAGACUCACAUCCCCGCCGGACUUAUCUUCUCCGCCGGGUAAUCAACUCGUCGCUCCUGGAGGUAUUACUUUAAUUAUUAUCAUCUAUUAUACUAUACUUAGUACUUAG